GAUUUCAACUAAGUCGAGUGUACAUGUACGUUCUAAAUCUAUCUUUGAUGAAAAGUGUAUUUUUGUGACGGUGUUGUAAUGCAAAAUUAGGAUAACACGUCAAGGCAAAAUUAACCAAGCACCAUGACGGAGACCUUAACGGAGGAAAAAGUAAACGAAAUAGCAGAGGCCGUAGCUGUCGAUAAAAAUUUAUUAAUUCUCGGGUUGAAACUGGGAUUUAAGGAGCCAAAAGUCAAGAUGUACAUCAGUACAAAUAAACGGAAUGACAGUUCUGAAGGAACCAGCUCCAUGCUGUUCGACUGGAAAAGAAAGACCCCGAGAGCGAAGCAAAUACCGGAUCUCAUCAAGGCACUAAAUGAAUCUGGAUUUGCGGAAUUAGUUGAUGAUUUCUUCCCAUCUGGUCAUGCUGGAGGUGUCGCAACCCCUGCAGUAAAUGCAGGAAACCCUUCUACUGCAGCUUCGAAUGCCGGCAAUGCACUGUCAACGAAGAGAAAGAUUACCCCCGGAGAAAUAAUCAAGCUAUCCAAACUCCUACCUCCCGGGAAGUACAACGAGCUAGGUGUACAUUUGGGUUUUGACUUCAACUACAUGCAGGCGAAAUUGAAGAAACAUUUAAAUGACACAAAAGACGCAUUUGAAGAAGUAUUGGGUGAAUGGGCUAAUAAACGUGAAGGUGGAUUUAUUGACGAUCUAGAUGAAGCUCUGGAUAAGGCAGAAGUGGGAGCUCUCAUUGAUAAAUAUAAAAUUAAUUAGCACGAUAUUCGUGAACAAUAGACACUACGUCUGAGGAAAAGAUGUUAUAGGAGAUGUAAUUUGCAUUACCACACCAUUAAGCUCGAGUCCUAUCUAUCUAUUCUGAGUCGUGUUGGCACCAGCAUUACGUCGCUGUUGUUCACACCGCUAGCAAUUGCUUUUUGAAGGCAAGAAAAGGGUUCAAUUGAGCACGAGAAAAGGGAUAUGCAUAUGAAUUAAAGCAACUGCCGAAGCAUGAUCUUUUUCCCUGGCUAUAGCUAUUGCUUGUGCUUAAAGCAGUCGCUUGCCAGCAAUUGCUACUAAUUUGUUUCUCUUUGAUAGAUUUAUACAUUCGGCAUUCGGGUUUCCAUUUAUUAGGAAGAAAACAUGGAGGCUAUGUACUUAUUAGGAAGAAAACAUGUAAGCUAUGAUACAUCUUGGGGUCCUCUCUCGAAUGCAUAAACGUGAAUAAAAAACGCAAACGUCUUGAUCAAGCAAACGCUCAAGCUGCUCUGGCGGAGCUUGAAUAAAACACAAGCAAAUGCUUAAAUGCACAAGCGAAAUGCUCGCUUGAUCAUUUUAUGCAUAGGCCUACGCUUCUCACCAAUAGCUUAAGCCCCAGUCACAUAUAGACACGGAUCCUCACGGAUCAACACGGCAAUGCCGGCAUGAUCCGGGGAGGUCCGGGAUAGCUUUGCCCCGGAUGACUGUAAACACGGCAUCAACACGGCAGCUUCACACGGAUCUACACGGACCAUGCCGGCAGAGCACGUCGUCAACACGGACCGACACGUCAUCAACACGGACCAACACGUCAGCUAUACGGACCAACACGUCAGCAACACGGACCAACACGUCAGCAACACGGACCAACACGUCAGCUACAAGGACCAACACGGACCAACGCGUCAGCAACACGGACCAUCACGUCAGCUACACGGACCAACACGUCAGCUACACGGACCAACACGUCAGCUCAAGUACCAACACGGCAGCUAUAUUGACCAGCACGGCAAAUGAAA